GGCAGUUACCACUCUGCCGCCCACCACCCUCGCCGUCGGGUCGCUUUUCCCCGCCCCCACCGCACCAGUUGAGCUCAUAAUCCCCACCUCCUCUCUCCCUCCCUCCCUUCCUCUCUCCCCCACGCAUCUCACACCUCAUCGAGUCCUCGCGAGGGAGACCCAGUCUGCCACUCCCAAAUGGUGAGUGCGUCGAGCCUUCUUCUCCCGUCCUCCGUGCGGGACCUCGCAUCCUGCGUCGCCGACGGCGCCGUCCGCGUCGCAUGCACCACGCCAUCCUCCACCCUCGUCGCUUCCGCCUCCUCCCCCAGCUCGCCCGCCUCCCCGUCCACCCUCUCCGUCGCCGUCUCCUACCGCGCCACCCCACUCUCCACCUCCUCCCCGCCGCUCCUCCUCCACCUCACAUGGUCCCACUCCCCGCUCGGCCCCACUCUCGCCUUUGCCCCCUCGCCCGCCGCCCCCACCGUGCUCCUCCGCCGCCGCAAAGGCACCCGCUCCGUCCCGUCUGACCCCGGCGGACCCCCGCUUGCCGUGUUCUGGGAUCUCACCGCCGCACGCUACGGCUCGUCACCGGAGCCGGUCUCCGGGUUCUACUUCGUCGCCGUCGCCAACGCCGAGCUCGUGCUGGCGGUCGGCGACCUCGCCGCCGAGUUCGUCAAGGCCAAGUUCGAGGGCCAGAUCCCCAAGGCCCGCUUCCUCCCCGUCGCGCGCCGGGACCGCGUCGUGGCGCCCGGAGACGGACACCACCUCCCGACGGCGACCGCGAUGCACACCGCGCGGGUCCGGUUCGCGGAGGGCGCGCCGGAGCACGAGGUCAGCGUCGGCUGCUCGACGACCUCCCGGGGCGGCGAGGAGGAGCUGUGGGUCAACGUCGACGGGAAGCGCGCGGUCCACACGCGCCGCCUGCGGUGGAACUUCAGAGGGAACCAGACUGUCUUUGUCGACGGCGCGCCCGUCGACGUCAUGUGGGACCUGCACGGCUGGUGGUUCCGGGACCCACCGGGGUGCGCGGUCGUCAUGCUCCGGGCGAGGAGCGCGCUCGAGAGCCGGCUCUGGCUGGAGGAGGAGGCCGCCGCGCCGGGGUUCUCGCUCGUCGUGCAGGCAUUCAAGACCCCGCCUUGAUCUCGAAUUCUCGGACAGGUCAAUGCUCACUGCUUCCCCCUGUACUUCCAUUGACUUGGAAAUUUGGUGCAAUUUAGCAAACCAAACCAACAAGGGAAUUGCUGUAUUUACAGUUUUUCAAACUUAUAGAUUCUAGUGUGUCAAAUGAGUUUCGGAAGACACCAUGAAAUAAAAAUGUGCUAUAGAGAGAGGAGAGAUUGCUGUUUGUGGGAUCAUUGUCUAGAUUGCUGUUUGUGGGAUCA